AUGCUUUCAUUUUAUAUUCAGAGACGUGCCUUGAGUCCGCAGGCCAUGAACCCCCCGAGCAUCCCCAGUAGUGACGAGCUAUGGAACUCCAGUCCGCAAGAAUGGCAUCAAAGGCUCUUAGAAAGCGGAAGUAUUUCGGAGCUAUCAAGCCUGAGAAGCGUAUUGAUUAACCCUCCACGCACCGACCACCUAUUUGAUAAUACGUCGAAGUUGAGGGACCUGGUUACUUUCCUCACUUCUUAUGUUGAGGAACGGCGUGUCUUCGGUUCUUCACAACCGUGGUUUGUGCCUGAACGGAUUCUCAAUACUCGUGGUCGAGCAUUCUUUGAAUGGCCUGAUGAUGUUGUCACCCUGAAAACCUCCACUGAUCGAUAUUGUGAUCCCAUCAUUGAGCGAUUUGAGGGGCUUGUGACAGCACAUCAGAGCCCGCCGAGCCUGUUUUUGAAGCGGUGGCAGGCCAAUCUGGAGCAAAUGGGUAUCGCGGCAAUCAGUCUCUCACAAUGGAUGUCACAAAACCCGAUCUUCGCAAGAGAGAGCCUUCUUCAUGCGGCCUCACUAUACAAUGAUCUCUGA